AUGCCAUUUCCCACCAUGACAACUGCAAUCGACACAGCUCCAAGGAACUUGAAGUUCAAAAUAACUAGCAGAGGCAUUCGGAGUAACUCAGAAGUCAAGCCACAGGACAACGCCUCAAAGGGUUUAUUAAAGAAUGGACAAAAAGUAAACAAAAUUUCCGAAAGUGGAAAUAUUUGCUCUCAGUUAAAUGCUAAUCCAACUGGGCCAGCCACACCUGCCAAGCGGAAGCCCGAGGUGUCUUUUGAUGGUCAAACCAGGAAAAGGGGGAAGAUGGACCGCACUUUGAAAUGCCGGUGUGAGAACAUUCUCAAGAAGUUGAUGAGCCACACAGGCAGUUUUAUUUUCAGAGAGCCUGUGGAUCCUGUGAAGUUGAAUAUUCCAGAUUACUUCUCGAUAAUCACCAAGCCAAUGGAUUUAGGGACGAUAAAAUGUAAACUGGACGGCAAUAAGUACUUCAGUGCAGAGGAAUUUGCUGCUGAUGUGAAGCUGGCAUUCUCGAAUGCCACCACUUACAAUCCUCCCGGGAAUUAUGUUCAUGAGCUGGCAAAGGAGAUGGGUGAUUGUUUCUCCAGGAGUUGGAAAUCAUUGGGUGUGUGGUUAAAGCAGAGGAACGGUAAUGAUGAAAAGGGCAGUUUUGUCCAUCAUGUUGAGAAUAAUGGGCGAGCGAACAAGCAAACUGUAGCAAACCAUCACCAGGGUGCAAAAUUAGCUGGACUAAGUCAAAGGAGCUUUGUUUCUUUGCCCGAUGAUAGAAGUUCACGGAAUUUGAGAACGAAAGUUAGUGCAGCAGAUGGAACCUGUGGAAAAGUCAAGCCAAUCACACUGAAGGGGUGUUCCUCAUCGAGAGCUGUCGAGAAAGAACCUUGUAGUCAAAGUUCUAGUGCACCUGGCAAGCAAAGUCAACCAGUUGAUUCUGUUGAGGCCAAAUGUUGUUCAUGCGGUAACUCGACGUGUCAUUGCCGGCUUAAAGAUGCUUCGGCCCAAGCAUCUAAAAGUGAUAUAUCUUCAGAACGAUCAUCCGAAAACAAUCAGUGUGGUGAUUCUGAUUCUAAACCUUAUAGUGAGGUCAAACGUUCUUCGGCAAUCCAAAAGAGUAGUUCCAGUCUCGAGUCUCAAGGUCCUGGAGUGGUUAUCCAUGAAGAGAAGAGUCCCGAUUUUCCCAACCCUUCUACAACAGCUCUCUCUUCUACUGAAGGUUGGGCUUCACUCAAUGCCCAAAUGUCGCCAAACAAGGCAUUACGAGUUGCAAUGCUCAAAAGCCGUUUUGCUGAUACCAUCUUCAGAGCUACUCAUCAGGUGGAGAAAGUUGAUCCUAUGAGGAUGAAGCAAGAAAGAGAGAGACUGGAGAGGGAAAAACUAGAAGAGAAAGCCAGAAUUGAAGCCGAAAUAAAAGCUGCUGAGGCAGCCUCACGAAGGGAGCGAGAUGAGUUGAGGAUGAAACGUGAACGAGAAAGAGCCGCUGCCCGGAUGGCACUACAAAAGAUGGAAAAAUCUGUGGAGAUUAAUGAAAGCAUGGAUAUCGUGAAAGAUGUGGAGAUGUUGUGUUUCGGUUUUCAAGCGGGGAAGACUCUGGAGAGAUUCGGAUUAUAUUUGAAGGAGGAUUAUUUGGAAGAUGAAGAAGACGAAGAUGCAAUUCUGAAUGCAGAAGAGGGGGAAAUUUUGUAG